AUGGGCAAAGCAGACCCCUUCCAAGAUCCCUCGCAACAAUCGCUGGCCGGUGAUGCUCGUCUUCAACCCGCCGCCCCCGGCAAUUCGCUCGCUACCGAUACCCUCAGCGUGGGCAGGAGGGCCAGCCUUACGCUGACCGAGGAUUCUCUCAUUGUGCUAGACGAAGGACUCCAGGAUGACGACCAAGGAACAUGCUGCGGUCUCAUCCCAAGCAACACUCUAUCAAUUCCAUUUUACAACGUUCUUUGGGCCGAGCUUUCCGAGUUUGACAUCACCGUUCAUUAUGCGCAUCCCAUCUCCUCGAAUGCUGUCCACCCCGCAUCCGUAAAUUACAGCGUGGACAAGAACCACCGUGAAGGAGCUGGGGCAUGGAUCGAGAAACUACUUGAGCGCGCCUAUGAGGCAUCCCAAAGGCAAAAGCGCAUCAAGGUCUUGGUUAACCCCUUCGGAGGCAAGGGUAAUGCGCAGAAAUGGUUCACUCGGGAAAUCGAGCCCAUAUUCGCUGCUGCACGGUGUGCUGUCGACGUGGAGAUUACCACGCAUAACGGUCACGCUGUCGAGAUAGCCAAGGACUUGGAUGUCCACCAAUGGGACGUUGUCGCAAGCUGUUCUGGAGAUGGCCUGCCACAUGAGGUCUUCAAUGGCCUGGGUAAAAAACACAAUGCAACGGAGGCCCUGCAGCAGAUUGCGGUUGUCCAACUACCAUGCGGAAGCGGCAAUGCAAUGAGCUGGAACCUGAACGGCACGGAUAGCCCCAGCAUGGCUGCAUUGGCUGUGGUAAAGGGUCUACGGACACCCCUCGAUCUGAUAUCAGUCACUCAAGGCGAUCGCCGUACACUUUCUUUUCUUUCCCAAUCCGUCGGUAUCGUCGCUGAAUGCGACCUUGGCACAGAAAACAUUCGUUGGAUGGGCGCCGCACGAUUCACGUAUGGCUUCCUCGUCCGCCUGCUCGGGAAGACCGUUUAUCCCUGUGAUCUUGCAGUUGGUGUCGAAAUUGAUGACAAGACUGCUAUUAAGGAAGCUUAUGACCAGGAAGCAUCGAAACCCCCGAAUGAUUUCACGGAACGGCGUCCCCCGAUUAACAGCGACGACAACGGUCUUCCUGCACUCCGCUUCGGUACCGUUAAUGAUGCUCUUCCUCCAGGCUGGACUACGGCACCCUACGACAAUAUGGGAAAUUUCUAUGCUGGCAAUAUGGCAUACAUGUCCGCUGAUGCCAACUUUUUCCAGGCCUCAUUGCCCUCUGACGGGUGCCUUGACAUGAUUUGCAUCGACGGCGAUAUUCCUCGCAUGACGUCUAUUCAGUCGCUUCUCGCAGUGGAGAAAGGAACCUUCUUCGACCUGCCACACGUGCAAUAUCGCAAGGUGGUGGGAUACAGAAUCACGCCAAGAAAUCAGAAGGACGGUUACAUCAGCAUCGACGGCGAGAGCAUCCCAUUCGAGCCAUUCCAGUGCGAGGUACACAAAGGACUCGGGACAGUGCUGAGUAAGACGGGUCAUUUGUAUGAGGCUUACGGUCCAUCGGGCACGGGUUGA